GCCAAAGAGCAAAGAAUCCUGGUGUGCACAGACGUUGCCUCGAGAGGGUUGGAUGUUCCCUCGGUGGAUCUCGUGGUGAACUACGACAUCCCCAAGAAUUCCAAGGACUACAUCCAUCGAGUCGGGCGAACAGCGCGAGCUGGGCGCAGUGGAAGAGCAGUCACGAUGGUGACGCAGUACGACGUGGAGCUCUUCCAGCGGGUUGAGCACUUCUUGGGUAAGAAGCUGGAGGAGUUCACAGAGCUGGUUGAUGCAAAGGUCAAAGCAAGCCACGAGCGCGUGCUCGAGGCCUUGCGAAGUACCGAGCUCGAGCUGAGGGAGCAGGAUGAAGGUACCUCCGAGCGAGCCGUCAAAAGGAAGAUGCACCAGCAGAAGUCCAGGGGCAAGAAGGGCAGGCGCAGGUGA